AUGCGGCGGCUACUGGUCCACCUCGACGGCGACGGCCCUGGUCUAUCUCCUGGGCUCGAGCAACGUCACUCCCAAGCCUUGAAGGUCGUCCUCACUGUCGGGAGCAUCGGUGAAGCAGAGAGGACGGAGAGCGCGCACCUGUCGCUGAGGCGUGGAUGGGAUGGUGCUGCUCCGCCGUGGUAUAGCACUCUAGCUGGUGGUGGCCGGUGUCGUGCUCGAGCGGGUAAGGUAGUCGGGGAAGCACCAUGGCGCUCGUCCAUCCGCUACUCCCCGCUGCCAGCCCAAGUAGCUCCCCGCCAUGGAGCUCCAUGGUUAGAAGCAAUCGCGGACACAUGGAUCUCGAGCUCAUCCUUGAUGGGAGGCAUAGCAAAGGAGAUCGUACUCGUGCAGGUGGGAGAAAGGACGACACUAGCAAGGACCGAGACGGCAACGUCCAUGCAGUGGCUGGCCAUGUCACUGCCAUGGUUCGGCGAGGGAGGAGCGCUCGAAGCGGAGGAUGUAGAGUCGUCACGGAGGCGCCGCCGGGAGUCGCGGCUACACAACCGCUGGGUCGCGCGGCAGGACAAGGAGGUGUUGUCGGACCGAGAUGACGACAUUCACGCGGUGGUUGGCCAUGGCGCUGCCGUGGUUCAAUGGUGGAGGAGGGCACAAGGGGGAGGAGGCUGGUUUAUUUUCCAGCCAAAGCGAUACAGUAUAAGGGUAUAA